ACCAACAUAGAAGCUUGCCCAGAAAUUUACCCGCAAGCCCCACCACCUUUAUAAUUUGCCCGGUGCAAAUGGCAAAUUCCAGAAAGCAGAAAGACCUAGAAACCAUGGAAGAGGCCACCAGUUCUUUAAUACGCCGUGCUUGUGAAUUAGCUAGAAACCUAGGAUCAAAUUUCGCCCACUUAGCUUACCUGCAGCCUGAUGUACUGUUGGCGUCCAUUGAUGAGACAGUGACGACGUUUUCGGCCGCUAGAGAAAGCCUGCGACUGUUUUCCCUACACCCAACUUCUGAUUCAACGGCGGUUUGGCCAGUUAGGUCCCCCGGUCAUGCACGGCCAAUGGAUCAGUCGACUCAUGAUCAAAUGCAACAAUCAGCAGCAGCAAAGAUGCAGCAACGAAUGCAAAAGACGAGUAAUAGCAGGAAAAAUGAAUCGGAGACGAAGACAGUGAUGGCACCUGCGCCUAGGUAUGGAAACACAGAGAUACCGCCAGAUGAUGGCUUCACUUGGCGAAAAUAUGGCCAGAAAGAGAUUUUUGGCUCUACCCACCCGAGGAGUUAUUACAGGUGCACCCACCAGAAAUCAUACAAAUGUCCGGCGAAGAAGCAAGUGCAGCGACUGGAUGACAACCCUAACACCUUUGCUGUAACAUACCGAGGCAGUCACACCUGCAUUCUCUCCUCCACCGCUCCCUCCCCCAUCCCUCCUCCCCACCUCUUCCUCCAUCACUUCAACUCUACUUGACUGGCUGUUGAAUACAUCUCCCAGACUUGUGACUACUAAAGUACUAAUUUAUGCUAUCAUUUAGGCUUUGUAUUUGAACACAUUAAUCUUGUCCAGUGACGUGCUUCA